UUUCGCACACAUCCCACGUUGCUGUCUUUUCGCAAGAAACACGUUGUUUAAUAACUCCGAUGUAUAUAUACAAUGCAUCCAUUAUUCACAUUCCUUCCUUUCCAGAUUUUCUUGUGGCCUCUUCGAUUUUUUCUUACCGGGUGGUCUAUAGAUUUCGGAAACAGGUUUAGAAUAAUGUCUCCAAGUAAGAGGAGAGACAUGGAUGUCAUGAAAUUGAUGAUGAGUGACUAUACCGUCGAGACAAUAAACGACGGGCUCAAUGAAUUCAACGUGGAAUUUCAUGGGCCGAAAGAAAGUGCUUAUGAAGGUGGAGUAUGGAAAGUUCGUGUCGAACUUCCAGAUGCUUAUCCAUACAAGUCGCCUUCGAUUGGAUUUAUUAACAAGAUAUUCCACCCUAAUGUUGAUGAGUUGUCAGGUUCGGUCUGCUUGGAUGUUAUUAACCAAUCUUGGAGCCCCAUGUUCGAUCUUAUAAAUAUCUUUGAGGUUUUCCUUCCUCAACUUUUGCUCUAUCCAAAUCCGUCGGACCCUCUAAACGGUGAUGCAGCUUCUUUGAUGAUGAAGGACAAAAAUCAAUACGAUGAAAGGGUUAAAGAGUAUUGUGAGCGCUAUGCAAAGAACGAGAACAUUACAAAACACAAGGACGAGAGCGAGAGUGACGGGGAUAUCAGUGAUGGACAUUGCACGUCAAGUGAUGAAGAUGAAAUCACUGGAUUAGCUGAUCCAUGAUGACAGUGGGGUCGUUAAAUGAUACAAGCGCACUAUAUUAACACUUUUGUUGUAUGUUAUGCAUGUUGUAUCUUAGGUUAGUAGACUCGGAUCGAGUUACAAUUGUUAGAUAUAGAGAGAGGGAUCGAAGAAUUGUUCGUGAUAGUGUCGUGCGUCAGCGACAAAUGAUGACGACGAAGAAAUGGAGGAUUUAGGGCGACGGAACAGGUCACAAAUGUAGGAUGCCAGGGUUUUGUUUGUCUUGUAGAACUUGUACUCUUGUGUUGGAGGCUCUUUCCACUGCAAUACUUAGUCUUCUGGUUGUUGAGGUCGGCCAGAUUGUUAGUUUAUUUCUCUAUUGUGAAAUGGUUCUUUCAUGAUGCAGAUAUAUAGGUUUUGUUUUCCAUGAAUUGCACUGUAGAAAAGUGAAAAUAAAAGAUUGAAAAUUUCUUG